CCCAGCAGGCACUUUUGUCGUCUUCGUCGUCAUGGCGUCCCAGGCCCUACAGUUGGGCGGGCUGGCGCUGUCUUCCUUGGGCGGCCUGGGCGCCGUCUUGGCCUGUGCCCUGCCCAUGUGGAAGGUGACGGCCUUCAUCGGCUCCAACAUCAUUGUGGCCCAGGUCUUCUGGGAGGGGCUGUGGAUGAAUUGCGUCUACGAGAGCACUGGGCAGAUGCAGUGCAAAGUCUACGACUCCUUGCUCGACCUCCCGGCCGACCUGCAGACCGCCCGGGCCCUGGUGAUGGUCUCCAUCGCUGCCUCCGUCCUGGCCCUGCUCGUCGGUGUCACCGGAGCCCAGUGCACGCGCUGCGUGGAGGGCCGCAGCGCCAAGGCCAAAGUUUCAGCAGUGGCCGGGGCGGCAUUCAUCCUAGCUGGGCUGGUGCUCCUGAUCCCUGUCUCCUGGUUGGCCAGCAAUAUUGUCAGCGAUUUCUACAACCCGCUGGUUCCCGAGGCCUUGAAGCGGGAGCUGGGCGUCUCGCUCUACGUGGGCUGGGCGGCCAGUGCUCUCUCGGUCUCGGGCGGGGCCACGCUGUGCUGCUCCUUCCCACAGACACAGGGUGACAAACCUUACCCGGUGAGGUACAAACACGCCGCUGCAGGCAGCUAUGCCCGGAAGGACUACGUCUGACCACUCCUUCGCCCCGGCAAGGAGGUCCUAGAACGGAUGCAGGCGCCAACAGAGGCACAGCGACUCACCCAUCCAA